GUCUGUUCACUUCCAAGCAAGUCUGACUAAAGGGUGGAACAGUACUCUUUUGACUUAGUUUCUGGAGUUUUAACUACGUUUUCUCUGUUUCCUCACACGCUCAAAGGCAUCAAGAAGAGAGUGAAGAAGCAAUAAGAGAGAAUAAGAAGAUUUAUUCAUACUUUUUGUGAUUGGAUUGAAAAGCACUUGGCAGACGGUUUUAGCCACUGGACCCUUUCACAGACUGAGAAGUGAGGUCAUCCUGUAAUUCAUUCUCCCUUGGCGGAGUGGCUCCAGCUUUGCUGUUAGUCGUACUUUGAAGGGACAAACCCACACACACACACACACAGAGCAACAAUGGUGGCCGGAAUGGUGAUGCCCUUGGUGGACUUGAGGGCCAUCUACGAGCUACUGUUUCGCGAUGGCGUCAUGGUGGCCAAGAAGGACAAGCGGCCCCAGACCAAGCACCCAGAGAUCCCCAGCGUGGGAAACUUGCAGGUAAUCCGCGCCAUGGGCUCCCUCAAGUCCAGGGGCUACUUGAGGGAGACGUUCGCCUGGAGGCACUUCUAUUGGUACCUGACCAACGAGGGCAUUGUUUACCUGCGUGACUACCUCCGCCUGCCUGCUGAGAUCGUCCCCUCUUCCCUGCAAAGGGUUCGCCGUCCAACAGCCACCUUGGCCGUUGCCCAAAGGGCAGCGCGUGGGGUCCAGUCAGUGGACGGCCCCACGUCUUAUGUCCCCAAACCUGGCAGGGAAGAGAGUCAGGAGGCGAUGGCUGAGCGCCAGGUCUACCGACACAGGAGGCUGGACGCAGCCGAGGAGGAAGGCCCCGCUGACCGAACGCCAAGGUUCAGAGGUCGCCCCAUGGCCACCGAGCCGGUCAGACCAAGAGCACCAUGGGAAUCUGAGGCCCAGGCCCAGCCUCCCCUGAGGAAGGCACGGGGCUUCCACACAGAGGCUUCAACGAUGGAGGAAAGCCAGGGGAAGAGGGCAUCCACGGUUACCUUCUCUCAGACCACUGAGGCUAGUAGCAGGAAAGCAGUGGUGUCCUCCCAGGAGAAGAUCAUCACUAAGGUCCAUGCAGAAAAGCCCCAGGUGGUUCCGGUUCAGGAAUCACAGGUCAGCAUCAAGUCAGUCUCCUCCAAAACAGCCCUCCCAUUAGCUGUUACUGCAGUAACUAGUGCUGCAGUAGCUGGGGCUGCAGCAGUGAAGGUCUCAGCUGAAUCCUCUUUCAAUAAAGCAGGUAAAGAGAAGCCCAAGAAAGCUGCAGCAGUGACCGUCCCUGAGGAGACCCUCAAAGUCUCUGCUGAAACUGUCCCCAGUAAGUCAGCCAUCUCAGCACCCCUGCCCCCUACUAAAGAGGUUAAGGAGGAGAAAAAAACAGAAGUGAAGGUCAUUCCAGAACCCAAGAAAGCAUCAGAAAUGACUGUCCCCCAAGAGACCCCGAAACUCUCAGCCGAACCCACCAAAUCAUUCAAAGUUGACAUCACUGCUCACUUACCAGUGGUCAAUGGCAAUGGCGGUGUUGUCACUGAAAAGGUUAUUGAAAAGGUUAUCGAAACUAAGAAAGUGAUGAUUGAAGAUGGCUCCAAAUCAAAGAAGAAAAAAGCAACAGCGAAGGCUGUGAUUGCUGAACCACCUGUCACAAAGGUGUCCCCAGACAAAGGACUGAAGACCCCAGACGAAGAGACACAGGAGCCUGCCAAAUCCCCACCAGCUAUUACAUCAUCAAUAAAGCCCAAGGGAUCAGAAUCCACACAAGAAACUAAGGCUGAGGUUCGAAGAGAAACUAAGGCUGAGGUUCGAAGAGAAACUAAGGCUGAGGUUCGAAGAGAAACUAAGGCUGAGGUUCAAAGAGAAACUAAGGCUGAGGUUCAAAGAGAAACUAAGGCUGAGGUUCAAAGAGAAACUAAGGCUGAGGUUCAAAGAGAAACUAAGGCUGAGGUUCAAAGAGAAACUAAGGCUGAGGUUCAAAGAGAAACUAAGGCUGAGGUUCGAAGAGAAACUAAGGCUGAGGUUCGAAGAGAAAUUAAGGCUGAGGUUCGAAGAGAAACUAAGGCUGAGGUUCAAAAAUCAAAUGAGGCUGAUCGUCAGACCUCCAAACCAGCAGUGGAACAGAGCAACACGAAAUCUGUAGUGUUACAAGAUGCACCCCAUCCCGUUGCAGCCCCUCCAGCUGAGCCUCCAAUCACUGUCCAAGUGCAGGAGAAGGCUGAGACGACCAAUAAAGUGACCUCAGGCUCAUCUGGAAAAAUAUCCCACAGGUCAGAGAUGAGUGUCACUAAAGUGGAAAUGGUGACAGUGCCGAAGACCAUAAAGAUGGCGAUGACACAGGAAGCCCUCAGACCUGUGGAGAUGACCUUUACACUGCCCCUGCAACCACCACAACCUGCCAUAGUGCCGGAGGCUAAAGCCCCUAUAGAAACAGCUGUGGUUGAUUCAUCAAAGGCAAAAAAAGCUAAAAAGAAAAAGCAUGUUUCUUCCCCAGACCGUGAGACCACAAAACCAUUAUCCCCACCUGCAGCUGAAACAUUAUCACCAACAGAGGUGUCGCUGACCAGGGCCACCGUUACGGUUGACCUCCGAAACACCCCCGGGGCAAAAGUAAUGGACUGCUCUCCAAAGAUGCCUCCGGAAAGAAUGUGGUCUGAGGAAACCAGCGUGGCAGCAGCUGUGCAGACUGGGUCCCCUGCUUUAGACAAAGGAGAGGCGGAGCCUGCCCAGCUCUCUGCUGAAAAAAUCAAACGGGAGGACCCGAAACCAAAAACCUCCUCUGCGAGGGAAGCACCCGUUGCAGCCGAAGAGACAGCGUCAGCCAGAGCCAAGGCACGGGCCAGCCUCCACACUGAGCAGGGGGAGCUUCCCAGAGUUGUUGCACAACACUCAGCCGCUUUAGCAGCAGCACAGAGCACAGGGGAGGAGAAGGAGAAAAGUCUGUCUGUUCCUCCCAAGGCCUUGGAGAAGGACAACAAACCCCCACAGAUCCCUGCUACCACUGCAGCCACCGCCCCUCUGCCAGCACAGCCUCACCUGGAGGACACCUGUGACCAGCCUGUAGACGCGGACAACAUGAGGAAGAAGAUAGUCGUGGUGGAGGAGGUGAUUGAGGUGCAGCACAUAAAUAGCCCACAGGCAGUGGCUGGAGGAGAGGUUCCUCCUCCUGUUGUACCUGAGAGAACAGGGCAAGAACUGGACUUUGAUGUCCUGCACGCACUGGCCAUCGAACGGGCUCUCCUGGCCGGGGGAGCGGUGGUCGAGUCCGCCCAGAGCACCGUCUCCGACGAUGACUGGGACCACUCUCUGGACGUACCCGAGGAAAAGACCUUCCCCAACUUCAUAGAAGAUGAACGGGAUCGAGUACAGAAAAAGACCUUCACUAAAUGGGUGAACAAACACUUGAUGAAGCAUGGGAAAGCAGAGUCACAGAGUCAGGUGACUGAUCUGUAUGAAGACCUGAGAGAUGGACACAACCUGAUCUCCCUCCUGGAGGUCCUCUCCGGGGAGACGCUGGCAAGGGAGAGAGACGUGGUCAGGAACUUGCGGUUGCCCAGAGAGAAAGGCCGCAUGAGAUUCCACAAGCUGCAGAAUGUACAGAUGGCACUGGACUUCCUCAAACACCGACAGGUCAAGCUGGUGAACAUCAGAAACGAUGACAUCGCGGAUGGCAACCCCAAGCUGACCCUUGGGCUGAUAUGGACCAUCAUCCUUCACUUCCAGAUCUCGGACAUCCAGGUGAAUGGCCAGUCAGACGACAUGUCGGCCAAGGAGAAGCUGCUGCUGUGGUCCCAGCGCAUGGUGGACGGCUACCAGGGCAUCCGUUGUGACAACUUCACCACCAGCUGGAGGGACGGCAAGCUCUUCAACGCCGUCAUCCACAAACACCAGCCUAGACUCAUUGACAUGAGUAAGGUGUACCGCCAGACCAACGCGCAGAACCUGGAGUACGCCUUCAACGUGGCCGAGACGGACCUGGGCGUGACGCGCCUGUUGGAUCCGGAGGAUGUUGACGUGCCACAUCCUGAUGAGAAGUCCAUCAUCACCUACGUGUCGUCCCUGUAUGAUGCCAUGCCCCGGGAUGUCCAGGAUGGAAUCCAGGCUAACGAGCUGGAGCUGCGCUGGACCGAGUACUAUGAGCUGGUCACUAUCAUUCGGCAGUGGAUAAGCCACCAUGUCGUUAUCUUCGGGGAGAGGAGGUUCCCAGGCAGCUAUGAGGAGAUAGAGAUCCUGUGGCGUCAGUUUUUGAAGUUCAAAGAGACGGAACUGCCUGCAAAGGAGGCCGCCAAGCACCGUUCCAAACUCAUCUACCAGUCCUUUGAGAGUGCAGUGCAUGCUGGUCAGGUCAAGGUUCCUCCAGGCUACCAUCCAAUUGAUGUGGAGAAGGAAUGGGGCCGUCUGCACGUGGCCAUCCUUGAGAGAGAACGACUGCUCAGGAUAGAGUUUGAGAGGCUAGAGCGACUCCAGAGGAUCGUCAGCAAAGUCCAGAUGGAGUCAGGUGUGUGUGAGGAGCAGCUCAACCAGCUGGACACCCUGCUGCAGACGGACAUCCGUCUCCUGAGUGCAGGGAAGCCGGCUCAGCACACUGCCGAGGUGGGGCGGGACCUGGACAAGGCAGACGGCAUGAUCCGCCUGCUCUUCAACGACGUGCAGCAGCUCAAAGAUGGGCGCCACCUGCAGGCCGAGCAGAUGUACCGCAGGGUAUACCGCCUUCACGAGCGUCUUGUGAACCUGCGCACCGAUUACAACCUGCGUCUCAAGUCUCAGGUGACGUCCACCCAGAUGAUCCAGACCCAGACCAUCCAGCAGUCGUCCUCCAGGGUGCGUCCCGAGCUGGACGAGGUGACCCUGCGCUACGCCCAGGACCUGCUGACCUGGGUGGAGGAGAGUCAGAGGCGGAUUGACGAGGCCGAGUGGGGCUCAGACCUGCCCACCGCGGAGUCUCAGCUGGGCAGCCACCGGGGCCUGCACCAGACCGUGGAGGACUUCCGCGCCAAGAUCGAACGGGCCAAGGCUGACGAGGUACUAGACCUUAAAGGGGCAAAGAGCCAGCUAUCCCCAGUCAGUAAGGGGACGUACAGUCAAUACCUGGGCAAACUGGACCUUCAGUAUGCCAAGCUGCUGAACUCCUCCAAGUCUCGUCUGCGUAACCUGGACUCGCUCUAUGUGUUUGUCAGCGCGGCAACCAAGGAGCUGAUGUGGCUCAACGACAAAGAGGAGGAGGAGGUCAACUACGACUGGAGCGACCGCAACACCAACAUGACCGCCAAGAAAGACAACUACUCGGGUCUGAUGCGUGAGCUGGAGCUGAGAGAGAAAAAGGUCAACGACAUCCAGGCCACAGGAGACAAGAUGCUGAAGGAGGGCCACCCUGGCAAGAAAACAGUGGAGGCCUUCACAGCAGCCCUGCAGACUCAGUGGAGCUGGAUCCUCCAGCUGUGUUGUUGCAUCGAGGCUCACCUCAAAGAGAACACAGCUUACUACCAGUUCUUUUCGGACGUGAAAGAAGCUGAGGAGAGGAUGAAGAAGAUGCAGGAGACGAUGAAGAAGAAGUACAGCUGCGAUCGCGCCACUACGGCCACGCGACUAGAGGACCUGCUGCAGGAUGCGAUGGAGGAGAAGGAACAGCUGAACGAGUUUAAGACUCACGUGGCCGGCCUGAACAAGAGGGCCAAGACCAUAAUCCAGCUGAAGCCUCGUAACCCCACCAAGUCCAUCAAGGGCAAACUGCCCAUCCAGGCCGUGUGUGACUUCAAACAGAUGGAGAUCACCGUCCACAAGGGAGAGGAGUGUGCUCUCAUCAACAACUCCCCGCAGCCCAACAAGUGGAAGGUCCUGAACCGCUCCGGCAUUGAGGCGGUGGUGCCGUCAGUCUGCUUUCUGGUUCCACCUGUCAACAAGGAGGCUAUGGACAGUGUUUCCAGUCUGGACUCUGGUCACCAGUCGAUGCUGGUCCUGUGGCAGAGAAUGCACGUGGACAUGAAGAGCAUGCUUUCUUGGCAGUACCUGACGAGAGACAUCACACAGAUACGUACCUGGAACAUCACCAUGUUUAAGACCAUGAAGGUGGAGGAGUACAGGCUGAUUAUGAGGAACCUGGAGCUUCACUAUCAGGACUUCAUGCGUGACAGUCAGGAUUCCCAGCUGUUUGGUCCACACGACCGUAUGCAGAUCGAGGGCGACUACUCGAAGACCACACAGUACUACGACAACCUUCUGCGCUCUGUGGAGAAAGGUGAGCAGGACGAGUCGAUGUGUGUGACCUACAUCACCCAGAUCAAGGACCUGCGUCUACGGAUAGAGGACUGCGAGGCUCGUACCGUGGCCCGCAUCCGCAAGCCCGUGGACAAGGACCCCAUCCAAGACUCUGCCCAGAAGACCACCGACCAGAAGAAAGUCCAAGUGGAGCUUGAGGGCAUCAAGAGGAACCUGGACCAGGUGGCCGUGAAGACCGAGGAGGUCCUGAGUACCACUCCUCAGCAGUCCAGCACUGCGCCUGUCCUGCGCUCUGAACUGGAGUUCACCCUGAAGAAGAUGGACCAUGCCUACAUCCUCUCCUCUGUCUAUCUAGAGAAGCUGAAGACGGUGGACGUGGUCAUCCGCAACACGCAGGGGGCCGAGGGAGUGCUGAAGAAGUACGAGCAGCGACUGCGCGAGGUCCAAACGGUUCCCAAUGACGUCAAGGAGGUGGAGACGUACCGCACCCAGCUCAAGAAAAUGCGCGCUGAAGCGGAGGGUGAAAAGCCCGCAUUCGAUUCUCUGGAGGGCGAGCUCGGAAAGGCGGCAGCCGUGAGCGAGAAGAUGUCUCGUGUGCACAGUGAGCGUGACGCUGAGUUGGACCACUACCGUCAUCUCCUGUCCGGUCUCCAGGACCGCUGGCAAGCUGUGUUCUCCCAGAUGGACCUGCGUCAGCGGGAGCUGGAGCAGCUCGGUCGCCAGCUGGGUUACUACAGAGAGAGCUACGACUGGCUCAUCCAGUGGAUCGGUGACGCCAAGCAGAGGCAGGAGAAGAUCCAGGCCGUGUCCAUCAGCGACAGCAAGACUCUGAAGGAGCAACUGGCCCAGGAGAAGAAACUUCUGGAAGAGAUCGAGCAAAACAAAGAGAAAGUUGACGAGUGUCAGAAAUAUGCGAAGGCGUAUAUCGACACUAUCAAGGAUUAUGAACUCCAGUUGGUGGCCUACAAAGCACAGGUGGACCCUCUCUCGCCGCUGAAGAAAACAAAAAUGGAUUCUGCCUCAGAUAACAUCAUUCAAGAGUAUGUGACGCUAAGAACCCGCUACAGCGAGCUGAUGACUCUGACCAGUCAGUACAUCAAGUUCAUCACGGAGACACAGCGUCGCCUAGAGGGCGAGGAGAAAGCUGCUGAGAAAAUGAAAGCGGAAGACAGGAAAAAAAUGGCAGAGAUGCAGGCUGAGUUAAACAAACAGAAGCAGCUAGCUGAAUCUCAUGCAAAGGCCAUUGCCAAGGCCGAGCAGGAAGCUCAAGAGCUGAAGCUCAUGAUGCAGGAGGAAGUCAGCAGGAGACAAGUUGUUUCUGUAGAUGCAGAAAAGCAAAAGCACAAUAUCCAGCUGGAACUACAUGAGCUCAAAAAUCUCUCAGAGCAGCAGAUCAAGUCCAAGAGUCAUCAGGUAGAAGAAGCCAAUCAGAGCAGAGUCAAGAUUGAGGAGGAAAUCCGUAUCAUCAGGAUCCAGCUGGAGACCACUGUCAAACAGAAGUCUACCGCUGAGGAUGAGCUCAAGCAACUCCGGGAAAAAGCGUCUGAAGCCGAGAGGCUGAGGAAGCUUGCACAGGAGGAGGCUGAGAAGCUCCGCAAACAGGUCAACGAGGAGACCCAGAAGAAACGCAAGGCAGAGGAAGAGCUCAAGUUAAAGUCUGAGGCUGAGAAGGAGGCUGCCAAGCAGAAGCAGAAGGCUCUGGAAGACCUCGAGAAGCUGAAGAUGCAGGCGGAGGAGGCGGAGAGACGCAUGAAGCAAGCUGAAGUGGAGAAGGAGAGGCAGAUCAAGGUUGCCCAGGAGGUUGCACAGAAGAGUGCUGCCACCGAACUCCAGAGCAAACGCAUGUCCUAUGUUGAAAAGACAUCAAAGCUGGAGGAAUCACUCAAACUAGAGCAUGUCACUGUCAUCCAGCUGCAGGAGGAGGCAGCUCGUCUCAAGAAGCAACAGGAAGAGGCAGAUAUGGCCAGGGAGGAGGCGGAGAAGGAGUUAGAGAAAUGGAGGCAGAAGGCCAAUGAGGCACUCCGCUUAAGGCUCCAGGCUGAGGAAGAAGCUCACAAAAAGAGUCGUGCCCAGGAGGAUGCCGAGAAACAGAAGGAGGAAGCUGAGCGCGAGGCCAGGAAGAGGGCUAAAGCUGAGGAGUCCGCACUGAAACAGAAAGAUAUGGCAGAGCAAGAGCUGGAGAGGCAGAGGAGGCUAGCUGAGGGAACUGCUCAGCAGAAACUCUCAGCAGAACAGGAGUUAAUCCGGCUAAGGGCAGACUUCGACCAUGCUGAGCAACAGAGAUCCGUGCUUGAUGACGAGCUGUACCGCCUGAAGAAUGAAGUCAGUGCAGCUGAGCAGCAAAGGAAACAGCUCGAAGAUGAACUGGCCAAAGUGAGGAGUGAAAUGAAUAUACUCCUGCAGCUAAAGUCCAAGGCAGAAAAGGAGAGCAUGUCCAACACUGAGAAGAGCAAACAGCUCCUCGAAUCUGAAGCUGCAAAAAUGAGGGACCUUGCUGAGGAGGCAGGCAAACUUAGAUCCAUCGCUGAGGAAGCCAAGCGACAAAGGCAAGUUGCUGAGCAAGAAGCAGCUCGUCAAAGAGUAGAAGCUGAAAGGAUCCUCAAAGAGAAGCUUGCUGCCAUUAACGAGGCAACUCGCAUGAAGACUGAAGCAGAAAUUGCCCUCAAAGAAAAAGAGGCUGAGAAUGAGCGACUCAGACGACAAGCUGAGGAUGAAGCUUACCAGAGGAAAGCUCUGGAGGACCAAGCCAGCCAGCACAAGCAACAUAUUGAAGAAAAGAUCAAUCAACUCAAGAAGUCAUCUGAGAAUGAGUUGGGAAGACAAAAGACACUUGUAGAUGAAACUCUCAAGCAGAGACGAGUGGUUGAGGAGGAAAUUCGCAUUCUCAAGCUAAACUUUGAGAAAGCCUCAUCUGGCAAGCUUGAUUUGGAGCUGGAGUUGAAUAAACUGAAAAACAUUGCAGAGGAAACACAACAGAGUAAACUCCAAGCUGAAAAGGAGGCUGAGAAACACAGGAAACUUGCCCUGGAGGAGGAGAAACGCAGGCGCGAAGCAGAGGAAAAGGUCAAAAAGAUCACUGCUGCAGAGGAAGAAGCAGGCAGACAGUGCAAAAAUGCGCAGGAGGAAGUGGAGCGCCUCAAAAAGAAAGCAGAUGAAGCCAAAAAGCAGAAAGAGGAUGCUGACAAGGAAGCAGAAAGACAGAUCCUCGUAGCCAAACAAGCAGCACAAAAAUGCAAUGCAGCAGAACAGCAAGUUCAGAGUGUCCUUGUCCAACAGAAGGAGGACAACCUCACGCAGAAACAGCUCAAGGAAGAGUAUGAGAAAGCCAAGAUGCUUGCAAAACAGGCAGAGCUUGCCAAGGAAAAGGCAGAGAAGGAGGCUGCUCUUCUCCGGCAACAAGCUGAGGAUGCAGAACGCCAAAAACAGGCCGCUGAACUCGAAGCUGCCAACCAAGCCAAAGCUCAAGAGGAAGCCGUGAAAUUGAGAAAGGAGGCAGAGUUCGAAGCUGCCAAGCGAGCACAGGCUGAGGCUUAUGCAAUCAAACAGAAACAACAAGCAGAUGCUGAGAUGGAAAAGCACAAAAAGCUUGCAGAGCAAACAGUGAGUCAAAAGUCUCAGGUAGAGAAAGAGCUCACAAAGGUCAGGCUUCAGCUGGAUGAAACUGACAAGCAAAAAUCUGUCUUAGACGAGGAGCUGCAGCGCUUAAAGGACGAAGUCGGUGAUGCGGUCAAGCAGAAGGCCCAGGUGGAAGAGGAGUUAUUCAAAGUCAAGAUUCAGAUGGAGGAGCUGGUCAAACUGAAACUCAGAAUUGAGCAGGAGAACCAGCGUCUUAUCAAAAAGGACAAGGAUAACACUCAGAAAUUCCUGGCUGAGGAAGCUGAGAACAUGAAGAAGCUUGCAGAAGAAGCUGCCAGACUCAGUAUGGAAGCCCAGGAGGCUGCACACAUGAGACAGAUCGCUGAAUCUGACCUCUCCCAACAGAGGGCACUUGCAGAGAAGAUGCUAAAGGAGAAGAUGCUCGCCAUUCAGGAAGCAUGUAAACUGAAAGCAGAGGCUGAGAUGCUCCAAAGACAGAAGGACCUGGCUCAAGAGCAGGCCCAGAAGCUGCUUGAGGAUAAACAACUGAUGCAGCAGCGUCUCGAGGAAGAGACUGAGGGCUUCCAGAAAUCCUUGGAAGCUGAGCGCAGGAGACAGCUGGAGAUCACAGCCGAAGCUGAAAACCUCAAAGUCAAAGUGUCCCAACUUAGUGAUGCUCAGUCCAAAGCAGAGAAUGAGGCCAAGAAAUUCAAGAAGCAAGCAGAUGAGAUCAGUGCCCGUCUUCAUCAGACAGAGCUAGCAACUAAAGCGAAAUUGACUGUUGUAGAGGAACUUGAAGUGCAGCGACUGAGCAGCAACAAAGAGGCUGAUGAGUUACGCAAAGCCAUCGCUGAUCUAGAAAAGGAGAAGGACAAACUGAAAAAGGAGGCUGAAGACCUACAGAAUAACUCUAAAGAGAUGGUCAAUGCUCAGCAGAAACAAAUCCAACACGAGAAGACAGUACUCCAGCAGACAUUCGUCACAGAGAAGGCGGAGCUGUUGAAGAAGGAGAAACAAAUUGAAGAGGAGAAGAAGAAGCUGGAGAACCAGUUUGAGGAAGAGGUCAAGAAGGCCAAGGCCCUCAAAGAAGAACAGGAACGCCAGAGGAAACAAAUGGAGGAGGAGAGAAAUAAACUUCAGGCUACCAUGGAUGCUGCCCUCAACAAACAAAAAGAGGCUGAGAAAGAAAUGCUCAACAAGCAAAAAGAGAUGCAGGAGCUUGAAAGGAAACGACUUGAACAGGAAAAGCUGCUUGGCGAGGAGAACAAGAAACUUCGUGAGAAACUGCAGCAGCUCGAGGUCGCCCAUAAAGAGCCAAUCUCCCACACCAGAGAAAUCGAUAUCCAGACUGACAAUGUGCCCGAGGAUGAACUGAUCCAUAUGACCAUGGUGGAGACAUCAAAGCAGGUUAUCAAUGGCCAAAGUGUUGGGGAUGAGGUUGACAGUAAGAAGGAUACAUUGUCUUUUGAUGGCAUCCGCGAGAAAGUCCCUGCAAGCAGACUUUAUGAAGUUGGCCUUUUGACGAAAAAGGAGCUUGAUAAGCUGAAGAAUGGCAAAGCUACUGUGCAAGACCUCAGCCAGACGGAUAAGUUAAAAACAAUUCUGCAGGGCAAGAACUGUAUAGGGGGUGUCUUGACACAGUCUAAUCAGAAAAUGUCAAUAUAUCAAGCUAUGAAAGAAAAGAAAAUUACUCCUGGUUGGGCUUUGAUCCUCCUAGAGGCACAGGCAGCAUCUGGCUAUGUAGUAGACCCAGUUAAAAACAAGAAACUCUCUGUCAGUGAGGCUGUGAAGGAAGGCCUGAUCGGACCUGAGCUGCACAACAAAAUGCUGUCUGCUGAGAGAGCUGUCAUUGGUUACAAAGACCCUUACACCGGUAACAAGAUCUCACUCUUUGAAGCUAUGAAGAAGGGCUUGAUUGACAGAGACCAUGCCAUUAGGCAACUUGAGGCUCAGAUAGCUACUGGUGGACUCAUUGACCCCAUAAACAGCCACCGUGUGCCCAUCGAGACUGCAUACAAACAGGGGCAGUUUGAUGCUGAGAUGAACAAGAUACUGGAGGACCCUUCGGACGACACCAAGGGAUUCUUUGAUCCUAACACCCAGGAGAACUUAACAUACCAUCAGCUAAUGCAGAGAUGCAGCACAGAUCCGGAGACAGGAGUGCUGCUCCUGCCCAUCACUGACAAGGCUGCUCUGAGCACGUCGACCUACACAGAGGAGGAGACCAAGGAUGUGUUCAGCAAGACGACCGUCUCUGUGCCAUUCGGAAAAUUCAAAGGAAAGACUGUAACUAUCUGGGAAAUCAUCAAUUCUGAGUACUUUACCGAGGACCAGAGAAAGGAUCUUAUUCGUCAGUACAAGACCGGAAAGAUCACAGUGGAAAAAAUCAUCAAGAUUGUUAUCACCAUGGCAGAGGAAAAGGAAAAAAAGAAUGAAAUCGCUUUUGAGGGUCUGAGGAGACCUGUCCUUGCUACUGAACUACUGGAGUCCAAGAUAAUCGACAAAGACCUCUACAACAAGCUGCACACGGGCAAUAAAACAAUCAAAGAGGUGUCUGAAAUGGAGCCUGUUCACAAAUCCUUGAAGGGUACAAACUGCAUUGCGGGUGUAGUUAUUGACUCAACUAAGGAGACUAUGUCUUUCUAUCAAGCCAUGAAGAAGGAUAUGAUGAGGGUAGGGCCUGCUUUAACUCUGCUGGAAGCACAAGCAGGAACAGGAUUUGUUGUUGAUCCUAUAAAGAAUCAGAAGUUCACUGUCGAUGAAGCUGUGAAAGCAACUGUCAUUGGUCCUGAGCUGCAUGAAAAACUACUGUCAGCUGAAAGAGGUGUUACAGGCUACAAAGAUCCUUACACAGGAAAGACUGUGUCUUUGUUCGAAGCAAUGAAGAAAGAACUCAUUCCAAAAGAUCAGGGCAUCAGACUCUUAGACGCGCAGCUUGCAACAGGAGGCAUCAUUGAUCCAGUGAAAAGCCACCGCAUCCCACAUGAUGUUGCCUGUAAACGAGGCUUCUUUGAUGAUGAAAUGAAGCAGAUUCUGAAUAAUCCAACUGAUGAUGUUAAAGGCUACUUUGACCCCAACACACAGGAAAAUGUCACAUACGCACAGCUAUACAAGAGAUGUGUCACUGACAAUAAAUCUGGCCUUCAGCUUCUUCCUCUGUCUGAGCAAGCAAUCAAUGCAAAGGAAGAGCAUACAUACACAGACGUCCAAACCAAAGAGACCAUGAGCCAAGCAACAAUGGAGCUGCAGUCUGGUCCUUUCAAAGGGAGGAAACUCACUAUCUGGGAAAUUAUCCACUCUGAAUAUAUUACAGAGGAACAGAGAAUUGACCUGAUGAGGCAGUAUAGGUCUGGAAAGAUUACAAUAGAAAAGAUCAUCACGAUUGUGAUCACCAUUGUAAAUGAGAAAGAGGCUAAGAAACAAGAGCAAGACAGCUUCAAGGGGCUUAGAGCACCGGUUUCUGCCAAGUCACUGUUUGAUUCCAAAAUCAUUGACAAAGCUACGUUUGACAUGCUCCAACAAGGCAAAAAGACACCUACACAGGUCAGCGAAAAUGUCAAUGUAAGCAAGUACCUACAGGGCUCUGACAGCAUUGCUGGUGUCUACCUUGAACCAACAAAGGAGAAGAUCAGCAUCUAUCAAGCUAUGAAGAAAAAUCUUCUGAGACACAACACAGGCCUGUCACUUCUAGAGGCCCAAGCUGCCACAGGGUUCAUUAUAGAUCCAGUGAAGAAUCAGUACCUGUCAGUGGAUGAUGCAGUUAAAGCAGGCAUUGUCGGCCCUGAGCUACAUGAGAAACUGCUUGCUGCUGAAAAAGCAGUCACUGGUUACAAAGAUCCCUUCACGGGCAAAACAAUCUCUCUCUUCCAAGCAAUGGAGAAAGAUCUAAUCAUUAAGGAGCAUGUCAUGCCACUCUUGGAGGCCCAACUGAGUUCAGGAGGAAUCAUUGAUCCUGUGAACAGCCACCGCGUUCCUAUUGAGGUUGCCUAUCAGAAGAGCUUUUUCAGCAAAGAAAUGACACACAACUUCUCGGAACCAUCUGACGAUAACAAAGCUUUCUCAGACCCCAAUUCAGAUGUUAAAGUAACAUACAAACAGCUGAAAGAGAAGUGCACUAGAGAUCCUGAUUCAGGCAUGAACCUUCUACCUCUUUCCAAGCCACAGGCCCCUACUGUGGUGGAGAAGACAUACCUCUACACGGAGGAACAGACACAGAAUGACCUGGCCACAUCACAAAUUGACCUCCCCAGUUCACUUGAGUCCCUUGCUGGAGGGUCAAAAAGUCUCUGGGACAUCAUGAACUCAAAUCUACUUCCUGAGCAAGAGAGGAAGAAGCUGAUGGAGGAGUAUCGUUCUGGCAGUAUCACUAAAGAGCGCAUGAUCAUCAUCAUUAUUGAGAUUAUGGAGCAGAGAGAGAUCAUCAGAGGUGAAACUGUUAAGUCCUGCAACACAAUCAGACGUAGGGUCACUAUCGAGGAGCUCUACAAUUCCCGUAUCAUUGACCUGGAGACAUUCAACCUGCUGAAGCAAGACAAAAGAAACAUCCGUGACAUUAUGGAGAUGCAGAGUGUGAAGCAGUAUCUGUUUGGCACGGGCUGCGUUGCUGGCGUCAUAGCUGACUCCACUUCCAGGAUGAGCAUUUAUUCAGCGAUGAAGAGAGGGUUCUUGAAGCCUGAAAUUGCCCUUAGUCUCCUGGAAGCACAAGCAGCAACAGGAUUCAUAAUUGAUCCUGUGAGAAACGAGACCCUCACUGUUGAUGAGGCUGUCCGCAAGGGUGUGGUCGGCCCUGAGAUCCACGACAGACUUCUGUCAGCUGAGAGAGCGGUCACAGGCUACAAGGACCCUUACAGUGGCAAAAUCAUAUCUCUCUUCCAAGCAAUGAAAAAGGACCUUGUUCUGGAGGAUUAUGCUCUGAAAAUGUUGGAGGCUCAGACUGCCACAGGAGGCAUUAUGGAUCCUGAUUUCUACUUCCACCUCCCAGCAGACAUUGCCACACAGAGAGGAUACAUCAACAAGGAAACAAAUGAAAGGCUUGCUGAUGACGUAAAGGGAUUUGUUGACCCUGUCACUGAGGAGAAACUUUCUUAUGCCCAAUUACUCAAGAGAUGCAAGAUUGACCCUACCAAUGGGAUGCGCUUGCUGUCACUGGGAGACAAGAGACUGACGUUCAAAGGUCUUAGAAAACAGAUCACCAUAGAGGAGAUGUUACGCUCUCAGAUCAUCGACCAACAGACGGUCACUGAGCUGAAUGAAGGUCUGAUUUCAGUGGAAGAGGUUAGCCGUAGACUCCAAAAAUACCUUGAGGGCACAAGCUGUAUUGCUGGUGUUUAUGUAGAGGGAACUAAUGACCGUCUAUCAAUCUACCAAGCCAUGAAAAAGAACAUGAUCAGGCCAGGAACUGCCUUUGAACUGCUGGAGGCUCAGGCUGCCACAGGCUAUGUAAUUGACCCAAUCAAAAAUCUCAAACUUACUGUCAAUGAAUCUAUCAAGAUGGGAAUAGUGGGGCCAGAAUUCAAAGACAAGCUUCUCUCUGCUGAGCGUGCCGUGACAGGUUACAGAGACCCCUAUUCCGGAAAGACAAUCUCUCUGUUCCAGGCCAUGAAGAAGGGGCUCAUCUUAAAAGACCAUGGAAUACGUCUCCUUGAGGCUCAGAUUGCCACUGGCGGAAUCAUUGACCCAGAGGAGAGUCAUCGCUUGCCAGUGGAGGUGGCCUACAACCGUGGCCUCUUCGACGAGGAGAUGAAUGAGAUUCUCACAGAUCCAUCAGAUGACACCAAGGGUUUCUUUGAUCCCAACACUGAGGAGAACCUGACCUACCUUGGGCUAAUGGAGAGGUGCAUCACUGACCCAGCUACUGGCCUUGUGCUCCUGCUCCUGAAGGAGAAGAAGCGCGAGAGACAGACCUCCUCCAAAUCCUCUGUCCGCAAACGCAGAGUGGUCAUUGUGGACCCAGAGUCAGGCAAAGAGAUGACUGUCUAUGAGGCAUAUAGAAAGCAGCUCAUUGACCAUCAGACCUACCUAGAGCUUGCUGAGCAGGAGUGUGAGUGGGAAGAGAUCACACAGACAUCCUCUGAUGGCGUUGUCAAGUCAAUGAUCAUCGACAGACGGUCAGGAAGACAGUAUGACAUUGAUGACGCCCUCGCACGAGGCCUCAUCGACCAGACUUCACUUAGUACAUACCGCUCCGGAAACCUGUCCAUCACUGAGUUUGCUGACAUGCUGUCUGGAAACAUGGGUGGUUUCCGCUCCCGGUCAUCCUCUUUUGGUUCCACCUCUGGUUCCACCUCAUCAUCAUACAAUCCCAUGAGCCCCAUACCCUCCAUUAGACCCCCUGCAAUCAUGUGGAAUGACCCCACAGAGGAGACUGGCCCUGUAGCUGGAAUCCUGGAUACAGACACUUUGGAGAAGGUGUCAGUCACAGAGGCCAUGCACAGGAACCUUGUGGACAAUAUCACAGGCCAAAGACUACUUGAGGCACAAGCCUGCACAGGGGGCAUAAUCGACCCAACUACUGGGGAACGAUUCGCUGUUACUGAGGCAACCGAGAAAGGGCUUGUGGACAAGGUGAUGGUGGACCGUAUCAACCUGGCUCACAAAGCUUUCAAUGGAUUUGAGGACCCAAGAACCAAAGUGAAAAUGUCUGCCUCCCAAGCUCUAAAGAAAGGCUGGCUGUAUUAUGAAGCUGGGCAACGUUUUCUGGAAGUCCAAUACCUUACGGGGGGGCUGAUUGAACCUGAUGUUGAGGGCAGAGUCUCACUGGACGAAUCCAUCAGAAAGGGCACAAUUGAUGCUCGCACUGCUCAGAAGCUGAGAGAUGUGAGUGCUUACUCCAAAUACCUGACAUGUCCCAAAACCAAACUAAAAAUCUCUUACAAAGAUGCCAUGGACAGAAGCAUGGUUGAGGAAGGAUCUGGCCUGCGACUGCUGGAGGCCUCCUCACAGUCAAGCAAAGGGCUGUACAGCCCAUACAAUGCCAGCAAUUCCGGGUCUGCCGCUGGCUCCCGGUCCGGGUCCAGGACUGGAUCCAGAACAGGAUCCAGAAGAGGCAGCGUUGAUGCCACAGGUUCCGGUUUCAGUAUGAACUUCUCAUCCUCCUCCUACACCAGCUCCAGCAGUUACGGUGGCCGCCGAUAUGAUGCAGGACCUUAUAAUGGGCUCAUCAUGGAUGAGCUAGCCCAAGCCCUUACAGCUCUAGCAAUGAUCAGGCCAUGCAGCUCAGAAGAACAACGAGCCUUCCCAAUGAUGAUACCGAUGCAUACCACAGUUGCAUAAUUUAGAGGAAAAUUACAUUUACGUUUGAACAACAAAUAAUUAAUUUAUUCUGCACAUGUGGUCGCAUUCGGAAAUGGCUGGAAGUAAUUAAAUGCAGUUCCUCAUAUAGAUGUUCAAAACAAUGCCUUAUCUCUCCAGCCUUCAUUUCUUAUAAUUAUUAGGUCAAUGUAAUAUUUUGUUCCAUUUUAUUGCAAUUUUUAUUGAUCAGUAAGUCAAUUUAUAUUUUAAGAGCAAAGUAUCGGAUUUAGUUUUUAUCUCAUAUAAAGUGAUCACAACUGAUUUUAUAGUUCGCGUUAACACAACUUGUAUACUUAAGCUUUCCGAAACUAAUAUAUGUACUUCGAACAGAUAUUUUUUUCCAGUUUUCUUUUUCUUUUUAAACUUAAGAAUAUUUUUGUCCUCUUUCUUUUAUCUGUUUGACAAUAUCCUAUGAAAUAUGCCAACAUAGAUAUUACAGUGACGUUUUUAGAUGUCUUCAUAUUUCUGAAUGUAUGUAUAGAGUAUGACCCAGAGUUAACUAAUUUCAGUUAAAACAUAUUUUUUUUUAUCUGGCAAAAUAAAACAAAUAGUCGCAGAGCAGAAUAAAAAAACACUACAUAAACAGUGGAAGACGACUGCAAUAUUCAAAGUUUAAUGAACUGCUUCCCUGCCUACAUCCCAGACAACAUUGCCCUUUCUGUUCAGUGGACAGGCCCAUAUACCAAGUCAUCACCUUAUUCUUUAAUCACCCACUCCAAAGUUAUGAACUAUUAUACCCAUCAUUAUGGACUACUAUACCCACCAUUUACCUCUUGUCAAGUGUUCCUGGUAGACUGUCCUAAGAAGAUGUCAGGCUUCACCAUGCUUCCUCUGACAUUAGAGGCAAAGAUCUGCAUCCUGGAUGUUGCUUUGGUUCUUAUGUCUCAUUCCAUCAGAAUUCGAUGGGGAUUUGCAGAUACUCAGACGGGCAUGGCUGAUGAGUCUCUUAACAGGGACGAUAUCCCGAUUC